UUACUCCUCCAAAAGAAAUAUGUUGGCUUUUCAGUUCCCAAGAAACAUGCCUCCACAAGUAUAGUUUCUGCGAUCACACCUCAAAAAUUCACGCGCGAGUCUUCCACAACUGGCACGGUGAAGAGUGGAAUGACAAUGACAGAAAAGAUAGUGGCAAGAGCUUCAGAAAAAAGUCAGUUGAGCCCUAGUGACAAUGUAUGGGCCAAUGUGGAUGUUCUGAUGACUCAUGACGUAUGUGGCCCGGGCGCCUUUGGAAUUUUCAAGAGAGAGUUUGGAGAAAAUGCAAAGGUGUGGGAUCGCGAAAAAGUUAUAGUCAUUCCGGAUCAUUACAUAUUCACAACGGAUGAGCUAGCCAACCAUGAUGUCAACACCUUGAGGGAAUUUUGUACCGAACAAGAUAUCAAGUACUUCUAUGAUAUUAAGGAUGUUGCAGAUUUCAAGGCGAAUCCGGAUUACAAAGGCGUUUGCCACGUCGCUCUUGCCCAAGAAGGACACUGCAGUGGAGAGAUCUUGCUGGGUACAGACUCCCACACAUGUACUGCUGGAGCAUUUGGUCAAUUCGCUACGGGAAUUGGAAUUACUGAUGCAGGUUUUGUGCUCGGUACUGGAAAGCUUUUGCUUAAGGUGCCCCCGACUCUGAGAUUCGUAUUGGAUGGUGAAAUGCCUGAUUGUGUGCUUGCAAAAGACUUGAUUCUGCAAAUUAUUGGCGAAAUAUCUGUGGCUGGUGCAAGAUAUAAAUCCAUGGAAUUUGUUGGCUCUACUGUUGAAAGCUUGACUAUGGAAGACAGAAUGACAUUGUGCAACAUGGUCAUUGAAGCUGGGGGAAAGAAUGGCAUCGUCCCUGCUGAUGUUACAACCUUCAAGUAUCUUCAGGACAAGACAUUGGUGCCUUAUGAACCAGUUUACAGUGAUGGGCAAGCAAGAUUUCUCUUAGAAUAUAGCUUUGACAUCUCAAAGUUGGAGCCCUUGGUGGCCAAGCCUCACUCACCCGACAACCGGGCAUUAGCAAGAGAGUGCAAAGACGUGAAAAUCGACAGAGUGUACAUAGGAUCUUGUACCGGUGGGAAGACAGAGGACUUCAUGGCAGCUGCCAAAGUUUUCCUUGCUUCUGGAAAAAAGGUCAAAGUCCCAAUAAUUCUUGUUCCUGCAACUCAGAAGGUCUGGAUGGAUAUAUAUAGCCUUCCACUCUCAGAAUCCGAUGGAAAAACUUGCUCACAGAUAUUCGAAGAAGUUGGUUGUGAUACUCCGGUAAGCCCCACCUGUGGUGCUUGCAUGGGAGGACCUAGAGACACCUAUGCACGCAUCAACGAGCCUCUAGAAAUACUUUGUGUUCAGGUAUGUGUUUCAACGACGAAUUGGAAUUUCCCAGGUCGAAUGGGGCAUAAAGAAGGGCAGGUUUACCUAGCUUCCCCGUAUACAGCUGCUGCAUCUGCACUAACUGGACUUGUCACUGAUCCUAGAGAAUUUUUAAAGUAA